AUGACAGAAGUGAAAUCGGCAUCGGAUAGAUACCAAAAGAUCUCACAACUGGAGCAUAUCUUAAAGAGACCAGACACUUAUAUCGGUUCAGUGGAAAUACAAGAACAACAACAAUGGAUCUACGAUGAAACUACAGAUUGUAUGCUUGAGAAGACUGUCAAUAUAGUCCCAGGACUAUUCAAAAUCUUUGAUGAAAUCCUAGUGAAUGCGGCUGAUAAUAAAGUUCGUGAUCCAUCCAUGAAAAAAAUUGAAGUUAAUAUAAACCCUUUAGAAAAUUUGAUUGAGGUGAAAAAUGAUGGGAAUGGGAUCCCCAUAGAGAUUCAUAAAAAGGAAAAAAUUUAUAUCCCAGAAUUAAUUUUUGGUCAUCUUUUGACUUCAUCAAAUUAUGAUGAUGAUGAAAAAAAAGUCACUGGUGGUAGAAAUGGGUAUGGUGCCAAACUUUGUAAUAUCUUCUCCACAGAAUUUACAUUAGAGACUGCCGAUUCCAAAACUGGUAAGAAAUAUAUUCAAAAAUGGGAAAAUAAUAUGAAUGUAUGCCAUGAUCCUAAAAUCACUACUUAUAAAAAAAUCCAAUCGUACACAAAAGUUUCGUUUAAACCUGAUUUGAAAAGAUUUGGGAUGGAAAAUUUAGAUGAAGAUAUAUUAGGUGUUUAUCGUCGUCGUGUUUAUGAUAUUAAUGGGUCAGUCAGAGAUAUUAACGUUUAUUUAAAUGGUAAGUCUUUAAAGAUUAGAAAUUUCAAAAAUUAUGUGGAAUUAUAUUUGAAAUCUUUAGAAAAGAAAAGACAAUUAGAAAAUGGUGAAGAUUCUACAUCCCAACAGAGCCCCACUAUAUUAUACGAAAAAUUAAAUGAUAGAUGGGAAAUUGCAUUUGCCGUUUCAGAUAUUUCAUUCCAACAGAUAUCAUUUGUAAAUUCCAUUGCUACUACCUCAGGUGGUACUCAUGUCAAUUAUAUUGUCGAUCAAAUUGUUAGAAAAGUUUCUGACUUAUUGAAAAAAAAAAAGAAAAAUAUUAAACCUUUCCAAAUUAAAAAUAAUAUUUUCAUUUUUAUUAAUUGUUUAAUUGAAAAUCCAGCAUUCACUUCUCAAACAAAAGAACAAUUAACAACAAGAGUAAAAGAUUUCGGUUCCAGAUGUGAUAUUUCUCCUGAAUAUAUUAACAAGAUUAUGAAAACAGACCUAGCAACCAAGAUUUUCGAAAUUGCUGAUGAAAAUGCAAAUAAUGCUUUGAAAAAAUCAGAUGGGUCUCGUAAGAGUAGAAUUACAGAAUAUCCCAAACUAGAGGAUGCAAACAAAGCAGGUACUAAAGAAGGUCAUAAAUGUACUUUGAUUUUAACAGAAGGGGAUUCUGCCUUGUCAUUAGCUGUUGCAGGUUUGGCAGUGGUCGGUAGAGAUUAUUAUGGUUGUUAUCCAUUACGUGGUAAAAUGUUAAAUGUAAGAGAAGCUAGCGCUGAUCAAAUUUUGAAAAAUGCAGAAAUUCAAGCCAUUAAAAAAAUUAUGGGGUUACAACAUCGUAAAAGAUAUGAAGAUACUUCUUCUUUGAGAUACGGUCAUUUAAUGAUCAUGACAGAUCAAGAUCAUGAUGGGUCUCAUAUUAAAGGUUUGAUUAUUAAUUUCUUGGAAAGUUCUUUCCCAGGUUUAUUAGAUAUUCCAGGAUUUCUUGUGGAAUUUAUUACACCAAUCAUCAAAGUUACCAUUACAAAACCAUCAAGACAGACUAUUGUAUUUUAUAAUAUGCCAGAUUAUGAAAAAUGGAGAGAAGAAGAAUCUCAUCAAUAUACUUGGAAACAGAAAUAUUAUAAGGGGUUAGGUACUUCUACGGGUCAAGAAAUGCGUGAAUAUUUUUCUGAUUUAGAUAAACAUUUAAAGCAAUUUCAUGCAUUAGAAGGUAAUGAUAAAGAUUUAAUUGAUUUAGCUUUUUCCAAGAAAAAGGCUGAUGAUCGUAAAGAAUGGUUAAGACAGCAUGAGCCUGGUACGGUCCUUGACCCCACAAUUAAAGAAAUCCCAAUCAGUGAUUUUAUUAAUAAAGAAUUGAUUUUAUUUUCUUUAGCUGAUAAUAUUAGAUCAAUUCCAAACGUUUUGGACGGUUUUAAACCCGGUCAAAGAAAAGUCAUGUUUGGUUGUUUCAAACGUAAUUUAAGAUCAGAAAUUAAAGUUGCUCAAUUGGCUCCAUAUGUUGGUGAAUGUACUGCUUAUCAUCAUGGUGAACAAUCUUUGGCUCAAACUAUUAUUGGUAUGGCCCAAAAUUUCGUCGGUACAAAUAAUAUUUAUCUAUUGAUUCCUAAUGGUGCAUUUGGUACAAGAGCUACUGGUGGUAAAGAUGCUGCCGCAGCAAGAUAUAUCUAUACCGAGUUAAAUAAAUUAACAAGAAAGAUUUUUAAUCCAAAUGAUGAUCCAUUAUACAAUUAUAUUCAAGAAGAUGAAACUACAGUAGAACCACAAUGGUAUUUACCUGUGUUACCUACAUUAUUAGUCAAUGGUUCAGAAGGUAUUGGUACUGGUUGGAGUACAAAUAUUCCGUCAUUUAAUCCUCUUGAUAUUAUUAAAAAUAUUAAACAUUUGAUGAAUAAUGAAGAAAUGGAGGAAAUGCAUCCUUGGUUUAGAGGCUGGACAGGUACUAUUGAAAAAAUUGGUUAUCAAAGAUAUAGAAUGUACGGUAGAAUCGAACAAAUUGGACCUAAUACUUUAGAAAUUACUGAAUUGCCUGCUAAAGUAUGGACCUCUACUAUUAAAGAAUACCUAUUACAAGGGUUAAGUGGUACUGAAAAGACUAAAGCUUGGAUCAAAGAUAUGGAAGAACAACAUGGGAAUUUCAUUAAAUUCAUUAUUAAAUUAACACCUGAAGAAAUGCAAAAGACCAGGAAGAUUGGGUUUUAUGAAAGAUUUAAAUUAAUUUCACCAAUUAGUUUAAAUAAUAUGGUUGCAUUUGAUCCACAAGGUAGAAUUAAAAAAUAUGAAAAUCCUCAAGAAAUUUUAAAAGAAUUUUAUUAUGUUAGAUUGGAAUAUUAUCAAAAGAGAAAAGAUUAUAUGUGUGAGAAAUUACAAUGGGAUGUAGAAAAACUUUCAUUCCAAGUUAAAUUUAUUAAAAUGAUUAUUGAAAAAGAAUUGGUUGUCUCUAAUAUACCGAAGAAGCAAAUCAUUAAAGAAUUAGAAACCCUUGGGUUCCCAAGAAUUAAUAAAGAUGGUAAGCCACAUUACGGAUCUAUUCAAGAAAAGAUUGAAGAAUUGCUUGAAGAGGAUGGUACUUCAGAAGAAGAGAAAGUGGAACAAGAAAAUAACGAUGAAUUGAAUGAAAUUAAUGGUCCAGAAGAAGAAUAUGGUACUUAUGAUUACUUGUUAGGUAUGAAGAUUUGGUCCUUGACUAAAGAAAGAUAUGAGAAAUUGUUAAAGCAAAAGCAAGAGAAGGAAGUUGAAUUGGAAACAUUGUUAGGUUUAACACCUCAAGAUCUAUGGAAUAAUGAUAUUGAUGAAUUUGUUAAAGGUUAUGAUGAAUUUUUGAAAUUUGAUGAAGAUUUCCGUAAUGGUUCAGCACCAACAAAGAGUAAAGGUAAGAGGAAAAGAGGUAGUAAUAAUGAUGGUGAUGAUGAUGAUGAUUUUGAUCCUUCUAAUAAGAAAAAAAAGAAGUCAGCUACAAAGAAGCAAACCAGUAGGAAAAUCAAAUUAGAAGAUCCAAAUUUCAAAAGAAUUGUUCUUGAAGCAAAGGCAAUGGCCAAGCCAAAGGUCCCCUCAAGGAUUAAAUCAGAACCUACAUCUUCAGUGGCCUCAUCAAAGAGUAAUACCCCACAACCUAUCAAAACUGAAGAAGAUAAUGAUACCUCUUCCAACUCUACAUCAUCGACAAUUUUCGAUAAAUCAAUUAAAAAAGAAGAUGAAAAGCCUGGAAGUAUCUUAAGUCGAUUCUCUAGCCAAUUUAAAAAAGCUUCAUCUGCAUUUGAUGAUUUAAAUUCAGAUAGUACAGCUACUACACCUGAAUCAAUUGAAACAAUUGAAGGCUCUAAAUCUAAGAAACCUACCUCAAAGAAACCUGCUGCUCCAAAGAAAGCCGCUGCUCCCAAGAAGCCUGCUGCAAAGACCUCUGUUCCCAAGAAGAGUAGAGCGAAAAAGUUAUAG